UGCGGUGUCACCACUCAUGCCACCGGCAAUGACUAGCUUCAAUAGCUAGGUAUGUAGAGAAUUCUAUCGGAACAAGGCACUCCGAGUACGUCGAGGGGAUCAUAUGUUGUAGAAACCUACUUAGGGUGCCUCGGAGAGUCGUCAGCUUCUUCUGGCUUGCGUUUGACUUAUAAUUAUGUUCGACAACUACAUUAAUAUAAGCUAACUAAACUAUUGUAGCGCCGACUACCUUGAAGAUAUAUUAUUACGUUAAUUGUGAACCAUCAUGGUCCCAAUAUCUCGACCUUCGGGUAUCACGACAUUGGUUGUCGCCAUAGUUGCCCUAUUAACACCGGUCAUCUAUCAAAUCACAUCCCCAUCUAUCAUUUCGAUAUAUCCGUAUCUAGCUUCACUCUCCUCGUUGGUUUCUAAUAUGUUUGGUCAAGACAUUGAACCAGUUGCAUCAUCCUUCAGCUGUCUUCCCCACCAUUACACGACCGAGAUCAUCUCUCUCGACCCCCUUAUUAUUUACAUUGAUUCUUUCCUUGCGCCGACCGAGAUAAAGGCUCUGCUCGAAGCCGGGCACUCCGCGUUCGCUCCCUCUCGGGUCUAUAAAAGCGGUCAUAAUCAAGGCACACAAGAUCGGACCUCAUCAUCUGCUGGUCUGCCACGCGAUAACCCUGCAGUACAAUGUGUGCUAGCUCGUGCCGAAGGUUUCCUCGGUGCGAUGUUAGACCCUUCUCGAGAUGACAUUGGUCCGCCACAACUCGUACGCUACACUGCAGGCCAGCGCUUCAACAGACACCACGACUGGUACGAUCGGCCGCAGCCAACACGGCGGGGUAUGCUAGGGCGGGGAAAGAGCUGGAAUCGCAUUGCCAGCUUCUUUGCUAUUCUAGAGGAUCAGUGCACAGGUGGUGAGACGUGGUUCCCCUUUGUGAAUACAACUGCGGUAUCAAAAGCAGAUAAGGAUAGCCAGCAGCUUUGGAGGGACCAUGAAGAUGGUGGCUUAGCCUUCAAACCUGUAGCUGGAAAUGCGCUGUUCUGGGUUAAUUUGCUUCAGAAUGGCACAGGAGAUGAGCGAACUGUCCACGCGGGUCUCCCCGUGGUAGAGGGCUUGAAAACUGCAAUGAAUAUCUGGCCUAGGAAAUUUUAUGCGUGAGGCACGAGCUGGUAUUGUUAGUGAUCGAUCCUGUACUACAAGUAGCAGCAGUUUGGAAAUCGUCUAGAUAAUCCAUAAUGCUACCUCGCUUGAUAUCUUAAUACGAGACGACGUCAAACGUGUGGAAA